AUGGAAGACUCCGAAACCUUUAGCAAGUUGAACAGUUUCACGUUCCCCUUAGCUUCUAGCCGUGGCCAGAAGCACUCAGAAGGCACGCCGAGAAGUGGGGAAAUGGAGCUUGGGGGAAGUGGGAGUGAUAGCAACGAUGAACUAGAACAGUUAGAUCAGCCCCCGGCAUUUCUUGCCGAACCUCAACAUGUGGUACCCGCAGAUCUAUCUCCUAAAUCAACAAUACAUAAGCCUAGCAUGUAUUUCCCAUCGAGUUCAAAACGUCUUCUCACCGAACCUCCACUGUCCUCAUCAUCUUCUUCGUCUCCGACGGCAAAUUCCUAUCCUAGUAUUCCGUAUCCCUCUAGAAGACACUCUAAUAUAAUUUUGACACAGAAAAGGCGGAAUUCCAAACGGCUUUCCAUCUCUUCCCUCUCUCCAGUUACUAUGCAAGAUCGGACAUUUGGUAAAACCCAAGAAUACAUCACAGGUAGCAGCAACAUUAACAACAACAGCAAUGGAGAUUCCGACAAAACCUCAGAGACUAUUCCUUUGAGCUCCCCCUUGUUGAAAAGAGCAUCUUCUUGGUCGAUGAAGGGUCCAUCACACCACCGCAGUCCUUCAAUAUCAAGCAAUUCUAUUUCUGUCGAUUCCUUAACAACAACACCUCUGGCAACAAUCGAUUCAGGGUUGAAUGAAAACAAUCUCUCAUAUGCAACUCUGAAUCUACCCCCUAAACCUCUUGCGAUUGAAAAUCACCUUGAAGACGCAGAGCAUAUUUUUACAGAUAGUUAUUCUGGGACGAAAGCAAAGAAUGACGAUCACAAUCCUUCACUUUCAGUAGAAUUUUUUGAUGACGAAAGCACUUGCAUUAUGAAGACACCAUCUAGUGGCUCUAGCUACACUGUGGGAGAAGCAGAAGCUCUGGAUCUUCGACGCCCAUCGGUAGUGUACAUCGUUUCUUCUCCUACUAAUCUAGAAGUUGACCUAAAUGUAAUAGAAAACUGA